CAAAUGAACAGUACCAGGUAGUAACCAUUGACUGUAACGCCGUUAUGCAAUUUACAAGUUUAUCGAGCGCAUGGGAUAUGCACGGAGAGUACUUCACAACUACGUGCGAAGACCACUUAUAAAUAUAGGCUGGACGGCUGUUACCGUAUCGAGGUGUAGCAGUUGUGUGGGGCAAAAAUACGGGUUGCAUGUAUUAAUAGGUUAAGCCACCACAAUAGCCGCAUACAUGUGAACACAAGUUAUGGAUUUCUUUUAACUGAACUUCAAGAGGGGAGAGUACAGUUUCUUUUCGCUCUUUCCGACGUCUUGUGACAGUGUUAACAGGAAAAAGACAGUUGUGCGAAAAGUUGCAAUCGGAAACGGGCUAUAUGCGGAACGCUGCUUGGCAGUGGCUAAACAUUUCAGCAAGCAAAUUGCAUCUAAUUAAAUCGGGGGGAGAGACGUCGAGAAAAACAACGAGCCAGUUCAUUUACUUCUGCUUUUUCCCUAGGAAACAUGAGGCACAUGACUUGUUGCAUCUGAAGCAAGACUUUAGCGUCGCUCGAAGUUCAGGCUGUUUCGCAGACUCGGUGAUCAGUAAUAAAGCAACCGGACAAUACUCGUAUCUGUUCCCCGGCAAGUUCUAACAUGGGAGGGUAAAGCCAACUCCCCUAUUCGACUGGACAGCGCUUCCGGAAAUUUUAGGGCGAAUUCCAGAGAGUCUCGCAGCGCCCAAGAUGCAAGAUUCUGCACCGUGACGCGCUCCGCGUGCGGGGAACUGCGGGCGACAUGGACGAGAACGAGGCACAGAUGGCGGGAGGGAGCGAUUCGGGCAAGACCUCGGGUGCUCCAGGGCCCAGAGGGGACGAAGUCCCCGGGGACCGGCCCGACAGUGGCUCCGUUUCGGCCCUUAGGGACCAGCUGGCCCAGCUGGAGAGGAACCGGCAGCGUCCAAUCCGUGAGCGAGAAGACAACCUGCUCAACAUUCUGCCACUUUUCAUCGAGCUGUUCCAGAGUGGUAAUGCCGGAGAAGAUUUGAACCUGCAGGUCUUAGCUGCACAGUCAGCAGAAAUGGUGGUUUUCAACAUUCAGCAGAAAUUGUCAGCGAAGCCUGCAGAAGAGGCUCGCUUCGAAGUGGAGCAGUUUUUUCGCCGGAAAGCAGAAGUGAGAACGAGCAGAGGCUGGCUUCUGCUGCGCUGCCUCAGCUUGCUGUCUGCCGGCGACUCGGAAACGGUCGCGACCAUCGUAAAGAGCGGGCUACCGGCCGCUCUGAUAAAGUGCCUGUACCUGUUUGUGUCCUUACCCCCCCGAAAAGAGGGCGUGGCAGAGGAGGCGGCCCCGGACUCCUUCCAGGAAGUCUUCACCCAGGUGCUCCUGCAGCUGUGCAGGCAGGUGCAGUGCGUGGAGGAGGUGGUGGAGACGCAGGAGCUGCAGUGCCUGAUCAUCGCCCUCACCUCCCUGUGGGACCAGUGCAGCUCGGCGUGGAGACGACAAGCGUCAAGAGUCCUGAGGGCGGUUUCUGCUGCCCAGGCCAAGAACACUGUCCCCACACUGCAGGCGAAGAACUGUGUGAAGAUCUGCAUUCAGAACCUGCUGAAGAUGCCGCCGCUCGUCCCCGGGCCCGUCCUGGCCGAGGUGGCCGUCAGCGUCUUCAGCUUCGUCCGCGACUCCUACCCCGGCGACCCGGCGCUCUUCCACGAGUUCGAGAACAACGAGGGGUACACCGUCCUGCAGAUGAUCAUGUCCCGGUGUGAGGAAGGGGUGACCGCGGCGGACGUCCCGGCGCUGGAGGACUUCCUGGGCCUGAUCGCGUCGCUCACCCUGUGCGGGAGGGCGGAGCUCAAAGUGGCCGUGUGCAUCAGCAACCCCCAGCCCCCGAGCUUCAAGUUCGACCCCGUCCUGACCAAAGGAUCCGCGGUGAAGAACCUCACGGCGUUCCGGAUCAUGCAGACGUCCUUCCAGCGGUCGGAGAAUCCGCACACCUGCUCCCAGAUCCUGCUGGCCGUGCGCAACAUCUGGACCUGGGACAAGGCCAACUUCUUCCUGCUGGAGUGGACCCUGCAGUCCCUGGCGCAGAUGGCGGAGUGCGUGUGGCGCAAGCCGCCGGCCGCGCACGCCCUCUUCCUGCGCCUCCUGGAGACGGUGGUGCUGCGGCUGUCCUACAUUCCGCACGAGGCGCUGAAGCAGGUGCAGGCGGCGUUCCGGCAGCAGGGCUCCGCCCCCUUCGUCGUGGCGACGCUGGCCAGCUUCCGCAGGCUGUGCGCGCGCUGUGGCCUGUUCGGCGAGGUGCUCUGCGACUCCGGCAUGCUGGAGAUGCUGCUCGCCGAGCUCCGCAAGCACGCCAAGGUCCUGAGGAAGGCCGGGGUGACAGGCACCAACAGCCAGUCGAGUGACGGCGGCUCUGAGAAGGUCCUGGUCUCCAACAUGCUGAAGUUGGUGGCCAUCCUGGCGCAGAGAUCGGUCAAAAACACGGUGUCUAUAAGGGACCAUGGGAUGAUCCCCUACAUUAAGAUCUUCCUGGACGAGGAGCAGUUUCGCGGCCCCACGCUGAUCCUGCUGGAGCAGCUGUCCAUCAUAAACCCCGAGGAGUACAUGAGCAUCACCAUCGGGGCGCUCUGCUCCUCCACCCACACCGAACUGGGGCUCAAACGGGACCUGCUGCAGUCUGUGCUGAAGGUGCUGGAGAGCCCAAACUCCUGGAACGCUUUCCGGACUGCGGGGGGGUUCAACGGGGUGCUGUCCCUCCUGGUGGACAUGGAGGGGGCCCUGCGGGCGCGGCCGGUGGGGGUGUGGGCCUCGCUCCACCCCGACCGCGUGUGGGAGCUGGUCCUGCUCAGCCUCACCGCCUUCGCCCUGGCCGUGCACCUCCACCCGGUCAACGCCCACUUCUUCCACACCACCGGGCAGCACGCCAAGAUGGCCGACGCCCUCCUGCAGCUGGGCUGCUUCCGCGCGGACGGCGGCGGGGGGGCCGCGGAGGACGAGUCCGACCGCGAGCGCGAGCGCGAACCCGACCCCGACCGCCGCUGGAGCUUCCCCCAGUUCGUGGAGUUGGCGGAGACCUCCGGAGCCGGCCUGCCCCCCGCCUUCCGUGACUGCGUGCGGCUCCUCGCCUUCCUGGACCGCUUCGCCAUGGGGACCCUGGUUGUCGUGGAGAUUCCCGCCGGCCCGGAGGAGGAGGAGGAGGAGGAUUCCGAGCUUCCGGGGAGCCCCUCGGCGGCGGAGUGGGAUCGGGACGGUCCCGAGGAGGACUCCGUGGGGAGGACCCAGAGCUCUGGGAACAGUGCGCUGUCUGUAACCAGUGAUCCUGGACGCAGGUCUGCCUUUGAUCAGACGAUCGUUCACCCUGGGGCUGUUUGCGUUAUUAUGACUCUUCUCCCCAAAAUAACCAGCCUCGAAAACACACAGCUGGUUGCCGAGCUGCAGUUGGCCGUGGCCAAUCACGUGCAGUCCCUGGUGAAGUCCGAGCGGAACCGGCAGAUCAUGUGCGAGGCGGGGCUGCUGCUGGUGCUGCUGGUGCACUGCGAAGCCAUCCUGCUCUCCAGCGCCCACCCCCUCCACCUGCCCGUGGUGCGCGUGUUCGAGAAGCUGGCGUCUCAGUCCAUCGAGCCCCCCUCGCUCAGAAAGUUCCUGUGCCUGGGGAAUCCGUUCAUGUGUGGUGCCGAAAAUGCCCCCUCUCCUCAGCUAAAAACAGACGCGUCAAAUGGUGGGCACAGCGCCGGUGUGACCGACGUCCCCGCCGGUCAGGAGAGGAAGCCGCCGAACAGAGAGCUGAAGCACAGCUUCAGUCUGCUGAACCACUCCGCCGGGUUCAGGGUUCCCCACCACCGAACCGUCAGCCUCGUCUCCAUGACGUCGCCCCGCAGCCUGAGGCCGCACAAACUGUCCGUGUCGCCGUCCUUCGUGGAAUUCGACAUGAGCGACAGCGGUUUUGGGUGUCUCUUCCUUCCCUCGUUAGCCACAGUGAAGGGGGUCGGUGCGGACUCCAUCUCUACCGGAGGCGUUGGCUGUGACUGCCGUGGCUUCCCCCCCUCGGCGGGCCUGUCCUUCUCCUGCUGGUUCCUGAUCAGCCGGUUCAGCUCGGCCUGCGACUCGCACCCGAUCCGGCUGCUGACCGUGGUGCGCCACAUGUCCCGCGCCGAGCAGCAGUUCGUCUGUCUGUCCAUCUGCGUCACCGCCCCCGACGGCUGCCUGGUCAUCAGCACCGAGGAGGAGGCCUAUCAGUUCCUCGAUGUGAUGGAGCCAGAAGUGCCCACGCCCACCACCCUUCCGUCUGCGGUCCCGUUCAAAUGUGCCAAGCACCUCGUCCCCGACCAGUGGCACCACCUCACCGUCACCCUCGCCAAGGACAUCAAGAAGAGCUGCCUCGUCACCGCCUACCUGAACGGCAAGAUGUUCGGCUCCGCAAAGAUGAAGUACAUCCAGCCCUUUCCCGGGCAGUGCGUCUCCAUGGAUCCCACUGCAGUCGUCGACGUGUGUGGGAUCAUCGGCACGCCGUCGCUGUGGAAACGGCAGGCGUCUCUGAUCUGGCGGGUGGGGCCCGCGUACCUGUGGGAGGAGGCCAUGACCCCGGAGUCCGUGGAGGUCAUGUACAGCCAGGGCACCAAGUACCUGGGGAACUACCUGUCUGUGUCUCUGCCAGCCGAUGGUGCCAGCAGCGUCGCAUCCCCUAUCAGAAUCAUCCCGGAGGAAAGGAUUUCGUUUGGGAUCAAUCCUGCCGUGUCCACCGUAACCACGGUAUCCGAGAUCCGAGACCAGUACAACGAGGUGGACUGCCGCCUCAUUGCCAAAGAGAUGGGAAUCACUUCGCGGGAUAACUGCACCCCGGUGUUCCUGGCCCGAAACGUGGCCCAGCACCUCAGCGGGACCUCUCGCACCAUUGGCGCCGCCCUGGUGGGCCGUUUCGGGGUCAGGACGUUCGUGUCCAGCAGCGCCGCCGACAGCUUCCUGUACAUUGGCGGGCCCGCGGUCGUCCUCAGCCUGGUGGCCAUGGCGACGGACGACAGCUCGCUGUACGCCGCCGCCAAGGUUCUGCUGUCGGUGCUGAGCACCAGCCCCAGGGUGGAGCGGGAGAUGAGCAGGACCGACGGGUAUAAGUUGCUAGCCUUCCUCCUGAAGACGAAGUCCCAGCUGAUCAGCCACAGAACAUUCCAGCUCAUCCUGGCCAUCGUGGGAACCAUGGAGCUGGGGAGCGGUUCCGUCUACGUGCAGAACCUCAGUGCCUUCCGGGACAUUCUCUGUGACUUGGAGGUGUGGCAGAAUGCUCCCGAUAACCUCAACCUGCUGGUUUUAAACCAUUUUGCUGACAUUCUGAAAUCGUCGAGUCGUGACGGGCGGAACGCGGAGGUCUUGCACCGCCUUGGUGUGACGACGAAGCUGCUCUUCCUGCUGAACGAGCCCACUCUGACGUGCCAUAAAACCCGCCUCAUCUCCUCCAUCCUCAGACAGCUGCUCCAUGGCUUCUUCAACACAAAGGACAUCUGCAGGCUCGGGCUGUUCCUGGUUUACACACUGCUGCCUCCUUCCCUGAAUGAGAACAGCAUUUUCUCCGGCAUCGUCUUCGAUGUCUCUUUCCAAGCCCUGAGCCAAACACCUGCGAGGAGCGUCUGGAUCCGGAACCAGUUGCUGGAGAUGCUGUUCUGCCUGAUCGGACCCGACAGCUCGCUGCCUCAGAAGAGCCAGGAGGAGGUGUUCUUGGCUCUGGGGCCGGACUGGUUCCUGCUCUUCACUCAGAGCCACCUGCACUCCAGCACGGUCACGCUGGCGCUCAGGCUGCUGACCCGCCUCCUGUCCUACCCCGCCAUUUUGGCUCGCUUCAGAGACGGCAUUUCUCCCGGCGCCCUGGUGGAGAACAUGGCUGAAGAGCCCUCGGCCGUAAUGGAUAACCUAAAGACUCCGUGUUGGUCGCCUGAGAGCUCGGGCUGCCCGUGUCCCGGGUUCGAGGUGCUGCAGAGGCUCCUGGUCAGCCAUGUGGCCACGCCCGAGAUCUACAUGCUGCUAGCGGCCCUGCUCCUGCAGAAGAACUGCUAUAAAACUGUCACAGGCCAGGCGGAUCUCGACGGGCUGCUGCAGGAGGUGAUCGACUGCAGUAACGAUGGACCAGGGCUACAGCUCUGCUCGGAUGCAGCCCAGGUCCUGUUAGAACUGGUCAAGGUCAUCCUCAGCAAGCCCUCAGCCGGAAGUGAGGGCUCAUGGGAAAUGCAGUUCCCAGGCAGCGUCAUGCAGUUUUUCUGUUUGGUGCACAGUCUGCACCCGCGGGACCCCCUCUGGAGUUCCCCGGACUUCCUGAAUGUGCUGGCAGCCACCGUGUUUCCGCCCCCCAACCCCCACCAGACCGCCACAGAACCCUCUUCCCAAAACGGCGCAGACUCCGCGGAGGUCCCGCCCCCCCCGGCGCCCCACCCCGCCCGGAAGCAGGUGUGUGACUUCAUGCGCAUCUUGCUCAUGGACAGCCUGAUCAACGUAGCCGCCAAAAACAAGCUGCACCCCUUCGUGCUCCUCCUGGAGUUUUCUCCGGAAACGGCCACGCAGGAGCAGAAGCAGACCUUCCAGACGGAGGUGCUGGAGUUCCUGAUGGAGAUUGUGCACAUGACCUGCCAGGAGGAAGGCCAGGCCACCCAUGUGGCCAGAGACGAGGUCCCAGCCGGUGACAGGCCAGUCGGGAAGACGGUCACGCUGGUGGAUAACGUCGCUUUCUUCAGCAAGAAGCUCGUGGAGAAGCUCUACGAGGGAAUGUUCUUAACUGAGCCAGAGAAGAUUCUGGUGUUCAUCGCAGAGCAGAUUGUUGUGGUGCUGGAGAAGGGCCCGUCGCAGCGGGAGAAGACGGUGAGCGUUCUGUACAACAGCGCCAACCGGGCCGUGCUCUACUUCCUGUCGCGCCGGCGGCAGACGGGGGCGGAGCUUCAGGCUGUGGUGCGGACGCUGAGCGUUCUGCAGCAGCAGUGGGACGUCCUCAUGGCCACGUACAACGGCAACGUGAACUUCCUCACCUGUCUCCUCCACUGCCUCCUCAUCCUCAGAUCCGGCAGUUACCCAGAAGGCUUUGGGUGCGAGACGCACAAAAAGCAGGCGAGGAAAAUCUGGUCUCACCUCCUGCCGCACAAGAACAGCCAGCCGAGUGCACCAAUCGAGGUCCCCAAUUCUGCCGAGGUGGAGGCGGAGCUGAGGGCCCUGGUGGAGAGCACGUGGAGCCGGCUGAUGGUGGAGCGGAGGCGCGAGCUGGAGGAGAGCCACAAGAUGGAGGUCUCGGCGAAGCCAGGCGCUCGCGAGGGUCCGGUGAGCCUCGCUGACGUCAGCCCGCUGCUGGAGGAGACGGCGCUCAAGGCCUGGCAGCUUUUCAUCGACUCUCAGAAGAAGAAGCUGGCCACCUCCCACCAGAAGAAGACCACUGUCCUCAGCAGUGCCAUGCGCACCGCACGCAGGAAACUGGGGAAGACCACGAGCUGCACCAUCGAGGAGUACCUGAUGUGCAUGGAGGCUCACCGCAAGACUGGCCAGGAGAUGUUUGAGCGGUUACUGAAGAACCACGUGCAGACGCAGCGCAGUGAGAACGACGCCGUGGCGUCCCGUUGGCAGAGGGUGGAGGAGGAGCUCCUGAGAGAGAGGGGCCUGUUUGGGCCGGGCCCCGGGGUGUUCCUCAAACAGGGCUGGGUGCAGGACGCCGCGGAGGGGCCCAGCCGUAUGAGGCCCCGGAUCCGCCGGAAGGCCCCACGCCGGUCCAAAAAGUUUCCCGUCUCCACUCCAGGCCUGUACGGGAAGUGGAAUUUCAUCGAAGAGAACAGAGGUGUGGCUGAAAGCAGUGACACAGAUUCAGAACCCAAGAUCUUGUGUGAGGCGGGGCAGGAGGUGCAGGAGAACGGGCUGGACUGUGAUCAGCUGACCUUCUUCCCCUCGCUGAGCGAGUCGUCGCCGCUCUCUGACGACUUCUCCCAGCAGUGCACCGAGACGCAGCUCAUCCUGCAGGAGCUGGGCCCGGCCGAGCAGGUGAAAGGAAAGCUCUGCGUGGUCAUCGUCAGCGGGCACGUCGUCGAGGAGGGAGUGCUGCUGUUCGGGACGGCCCAUUUCUACGUCUGCGAGGGCUUCACGCUCUCCCCAGCAGGGGACGUGUGCUGCAAAAACCACCACCCUACCAGUGUCCGGAAUUCGUUCAUCUGCGGCAUGUUCAGUAAGACCCUGCCCACGGCCAGCCCGAGCUGCAGGCGCUACGCGUACGAGGACGUGAAGGACGCCCAUUUCUCCCGCUUCCUCCUGGAGGACAAUGCCCUGGAGAUCUUCAUGAGGAACGGGCAGUCGACGUUCCUGGCCUUUCAGAACAAAGAGCAUCUUCCCGCUUUCAAACGGCUGUGCUCCGUUGUGCCGUCGCUGAAAGGGAGAGGGGUCACUGACGGCAUGAGGAAGACAGCAGGUGGGGAGAAGGCUGCUUUGCUUAAGUGGCAGAAGGGGGAGAUGAGUAACUUUGAGUACCUCAUGCAUCUGAACACCAUGGCUGGCCGCACCUACAAUGACCUAAUGCAGUAUCCCGUGUUCCCCUGGAUCCUGGCUGACUACGACUCUGAGACGCUCGAUCUCUCCAGUCCUGCAACAUUCCGAGACUUGUCCAAACCUAUGGGUGCCCAGACGGACAAAAGGAGGGAGAAAUUCAUUGAGAGAUACAACGAAGUGGAGAGCAAUGACGGAGACCUGUCUGUGCAGUGUCACUACUGCACACACUACUCCUCUGCCAUCAUCGUGGCCUCGCUGCUGGUGAGGAUGGAGCCCUUCUCCCACACCUUCCUGGCUCUACAGGGCGGGUCAUACGACGUGGCUGAUAGGAUGUUCUACUCGGUGAAGAAGGAGUGGGAGUCGGCCUCCAGGGACAACAUGAGUGACGUCCGCGAGCUCAUUCCCGAGUUCUACUACCUGCCCGACUUCCUGGUCAACUCCAACAACAUUGAGCUGGGUUGCUUGCAAGAUGGCACCCACCUCGGAGACGUCUCUCUGCCCCCAUGGGCGAAGGGGGACCCCCAGGAGUUCAUCCGGGUUCACCGGGAGGCCCUGGAGAGCGACUACGUCAGCUCGCAGCUCCACCUGUGGAUCGACCUGAUCUUCGGCUGCAAGCAGCGGGGCCAGGCGGCGGUAGACGCGGUCAACACCUUCCACCCCUACUUCUACGCCGAGACGCUGGACGCGGACAGCCUGAAAGACCCGCUCAAGAAGAGCACCAUCUUGGGCUUCGUCAGUAACUUUGGCCAGAUCCCCAGACAGCUCUUCUCGAAGCCCCACCCGGCGCGCAGCGGCCACAAACCCUCUCUGAGGGACCAGGCCGGGCCCAGCCACGCCCCGCCGUUCUUCCACAGGCUCCACAGGCUGAAGCCGUCCGUCCAGCCCAUCAAAGAGCUCAUCCGGGGCCCUGUAGGUCACAUGGUCUGCGGAGAGAAGGAUAUUCUGGUCGUGGAGAAGAACAAGCUCCUCAUUCCUCCCCUCUGGAACACUUUCUUCUCCUGGGGUUUCCACGACAACACCUGUGCCUACGGAAACUACUCCACAGAAAAGAACUUUGCGGUGUGCGAGAGCCCGUCGGACUGGGGGGAGAGCCUGUGUGCUGCCUGCCCCAACCCGAGCACGGUCAUCACGGGGGGGGCCAGCUCCGUGCUGUGCGUCUGGGACGUCUCCCUGGGCAAAGACAAGCUGCAGCACAUGAGGCUCAGACAGGUGCUGUACGGACACACGGACGCAGUGACGUGCGUGGAGGCUUCGCAGGCCUACGGCGUGAUCGUCAGCGGCUCUGGCGACCGGACCUGCAUCCUGUGGGACCUGCAGGAACUCAGCUACAUCACCCAGCUCCCAGGGCAUGCUGGGAGCAUCACCGCGCUGGCUAUCAACGACCUGACCGGUGAGAUUGCGUCGUGUGCGGGAGAACACCUGUACCUGUGGACCAUGAAGGGUCAGCGGCUGUCCUGUCUCGACACGUCCUUCGGGCCGGAGGGCUCCAUCCUGUGCUGCUGCUUCACCCAAAUGUGCGAGUGGGACCCCCGUAACGUCAUCGUCACGGGCUGCGCCGACGGGAUCGUCAGGAUUUGGAGGACGGAGUACACGAGCGCACGAUUGCCUCCGGAUCGGGGGGGGGCCCCCGACUCCAGGGCCCCCUCAGCCUGCAGCUCCGGAGACAGCCGACGGGGCAGGGGCGGGGUGGGAGAGGCACCUGGUCCUCUCUCAGGAGCUCAACCGCAGUCAGACCGUGUCCCGACGGCGCUAUAAAAACAACCCAGCGGUCACCGCGCUGGCCAUCUCCAGGGACCACAGCAGUCUGUUUGUGGGAGACGCUUGGGGCAGGGUGUUCAGCUGGACCUGUGAGGCGUAGAAACGGAGGACUAUGCGCCCUAUCGAAAAUGCUGUACACACCCUACCGAAAAUCCCCACAUACUCUACACACCCUACUGAAAAUCCCAAAUGCUCUGCGCAGUCUACUGAAAAUCCCAAAUGCUCUGCGCACUCUACUGAAAAUCCCAAAUGCUGUACACACCCUACUGACAAUCCCAAAAUGCUCUGUGCACUCUACUGAAAAUCCAAAAUGCUGUACACACCCUACAGAAAAUCCCCAAACGCUCCUUUUAUCAUUACUCUCAAAGCCUGUGUGAAGGGCUGCUGUGGAGUAUACACCACAGGGGAAGCUGUUUGGUUGGAUGUGCAGGUGCAGACCCAGGUGUUAGUAACCCUGCUCGGGAAUGAUCGUUUUACAGGGAAAGUGAUUGGUUGGACGCAGAGGUGGCGAGUAUUUCUGAACGCACCGUUUAAGGAUUCUGUUUUUUGCGAGUGGUCAGGAUGUUCAUCAAAACACCUUCCCUGAGUUACUCCUCGGUUUUUUAAAAAGCUUCAAUUCAAUUAAAGUCAGUUCAGUUAAAUUCGGUUCAGUUCAGUUACAUUCAGUUCAUUUCAGUUAAAUUCAGUUCAGUUAAAUUCAGUUAAAUUCAGUUCAGUUCAGUUCAGGUCUCAUUUGCAUCCUCAUGCCGAGCGAUGAUGGUAAGAAUGUUACACAGGAAAAAGGCUCAAAAGCUUUGUGUGGGCGUGGAGCGGGGGCAGGGCAUUUAAACCUAAUCAGACACCUUCUGUGAAACUGGCAAAAGGAAAGCAAGUAUUAUUUUAGAAAUGAAAGACACGGCGCUUCUGCUGUGGCCUGACGCUCUCUGCACAGUAGACUCCGGUCUGAAGGUUUCCGGAGAGCUCCGAGCCCACAGCCCCCUUUAUUUUACAAACUCUCCUGGCUGCCAGUGCAAUCCCGCCAUCUUGCUACCAUUUAUUAUUUUGACUGUGAAGUUUGUAGGUUAUCCCCCCCGUCCCGUCCCGUCCCGUCUCCUGGUAAAUUCACCCCCUCACCUAAAAAGGAACGGGGUCAUAGCCGUGUACCACGGGCAGCAGGUUUCUGCUCUGUGUUCUUUCACUGAUUUUAAAAUGACGUGAUUUUACUGAAAAUGAAAUGUACGACUUCUGCUGAUAAUGAAUACUUGACUAAUGACGUUGCUGCAUGUUUUUAUGUUUUCCUAGAGAUGUACCAGCUGUUACAACAUUGAUGUUAAUACAGAGUAUUUUGUGCUAGUGUGGCAGGUUUUUUGUAUGUGUGUGGAUGUGUAUUGGUGUGUGUGUGUGUGCACGCGUGUGUGUGUGUGUGUGUGUGUGUGUGCGUGCGCGGGCGCUUGUAUAUAAUCUUGUCAUACCUGCUCUUUUAUUGAAUGUUCUGUAAAUAAAUUAAUUCACUCUGUU